CAAAGAACGCGCGCCGAGCACGUUCCAAAAAUGUGCCAAAGGAGAAGGCUUUGAAAUUGAUGAAAGAUAAAAAUCAGGUAGACGCCGAAAACCGAAAGCCGAAAGCCGAGGGACACAGAAAGCAGAAAGCAGAAGAACAUAAUUAACAUUUCCAGUGGCCUUUGUCCGAGGCUGCGCCUGCGCAGGACGCGUCAUGCGGAAACUUGAAAUCAAACACGUGUCGUCGCCGCUGCACUGCUCCUUUCUGGUUGGUCCGAACACAGACCCUCGAGGGCAGCUGGAAACUGCUGCUGCCUUUGGAUGUAUUCACGGCAGGGCACACCUGCCGCCUGCUGCCCAAAACAGAAAUUACUGUAUCCCGAAGAGAUACACACAAAAACAGGAUUUUCGAGGCAGAAAUUUAAAUUUUAAAUACCCAACCGAAACGGACACAAACGCCGCACACCGAAUGGUGCAGGUCAGCAGAGAGGGGCUUCAAUACACGGUGCCGUCGUUCUUUCGGUUGAUUUGUAUCUAGCAUGGAAAUGCACUUCCUGCACUUGAAUGUGGCCAAGGGGGAGAGGCAGUAGGCAGCAGCCAGUUGAAAUCGAAAUCAAUUCGUGUCACAUGGGCAAUUCAAUUACGGAAUCCGUUUGGGAGCGCAUCCCUUCCCCAUUAUUAUUUUCUCCUCUCCGCUCGGCUUAUCAUGCGAAUUGGAAUGGGAAUGGCAUCCUGCCUAUCCCCUCGUAUCCUCCGAAUCCUGUGCACAGGUGGUGGUCCAGUUAUGUCACCAACACUCGCAAGGAGAGGCAGAGGCAGAGUCAGAGGGAGCGAGGAGGUCAUAAACACUCCUCAACAAAUGAAAUACCCAUAUAAUAAUCAUCCUGGAUCUCAUCGAAUGCUGAAUCACAGAUAUCUUGGGAGAGAAAUACACACAUUUAAUGGAAUAAUUUGAUUUGGGGCCCUUAUCGGGGAGUCAGGUCCCAGGAGGAGCCUGAAAGCCAACCACAAGCCAAACCACGAGCGAGUUGCAUACAGAACCUCUCGCCUUUCACCCGGAUGCGGUGGCCCCAAAAACACACUCGCACACUCGCAAUCACACAGAGGGGAGGGUAUCUCUAUCCCCAUCCCCAUCCCCACCUCUAUCACCAUCCUCAGUUGUACACAAAAUUCAAGCUUUCAGUUUGUUGUAAGUUCUCUCACUUUUUAUUCCAUAAACAAUUUGCGCAGGAAGGGCUCUUCUCUGCUGAAGGCACACACAGAAAGUUUGGCUAACAUUUUGCUAUUUCUCUUGCCAUUUCCGGCUACUUAGUUGCUUCCCUUCCUUACUUUUUCCCCCAUGAAAUCCUGAAUGUGUGCUGUAUGCUGUGUGGGUGGUUCGUGGGUGGGCGAGUGCUUUUCGUGGUCAUUCGUGAGCUCUGUGAAAUUAGCACUUUGUAGAUUUAUGAGCAAACAGACACUCUUCGCCCUCGACUCUCCAAACUUUGCAGUUCACUCAAUGGAAAAGUGUUUUCCAAAGCGAUCAAACUUUCAUCAUGGCCAAGAUUUCAUCAUUUAGGGUUUUUUGUGGGGAAGUGGAAUGCCGUAUGUCUCAUAUCCUACGGCUUAGGGCCAUAUAAUACCUGCUAAGAUGGCAGAUACACAGACGAACGACUAUCAUACCUUGCCCUUCGCUCCUUUGUCGCACCUCAACCGCCAAAACUGGCAAGGAAUCCCCACUGCCAAGGAAGGCAGUUCUAUUUGCUCAAGUACUUUUAAGUGCAUUCCGGCAGCAUUUAUUUCCGGAUAUUCGCAGUUGCUCAACGUGGGGUUGUGGCAGACUGCCGCCAGGUACUGAGUACCGAGUACUUGCCACGGAAUGAAGAUUGAGUGGGGCAGGGCGGGGCAGGGCAGCGCUGAAGCAGUGUGUGAGCGCUUGAUAAAUAUUUGCUUGCGCACCGCUUCAACGCCUCCCUCCCGCUUCUUGUCUAAUGGAGUUCCCUUUUGGGGAACAACAAAAUGUUCGAGAAGAGCAAUAUUUCGCAGCGGCAUCCGAAUUAUCCAAGAGAUUAUGUUUUUCAUAAAUCGCGAAAGCCACAAACUUUUGGUGCCCGAAACUUUGACAAUUCGAAUUCCGUUGAGCGAGGACGAGGACCAGAUACAUGUGUGUGGAUGGAUGGGGUGGCUCUGGUUUUGGGGCGGAAUGCCGAGGGGUGGCGCGCUCUAACUUACGAGCUGUCAGAAGGGGCGUUAAUAAUAAAUAAUAUCAAUUUGCGGGUCACCGUGCCUGGCUACCAGGGAAAUCUUCAGGCAGCCAUCUCCCACAGCGCUGCCCUGGCCGCCUGGGAACGCUUUGGCGUGGAAUUCAUCCUGACAUUCAUGGUCGUGCUCUGCUACUUCGUGUCCACCGAUCCCAUGAAGAGGUUCAUGGGCAACUCUGCCAUGUCCAUCGGUGCCGCCUACAGUGCCUGCUGCUUUGUGUCGAUGCCCUACCUGAAUCCGGCUCGCUCCCUGGGUCCUUCGUUUGUGCUCAACAAAUGGGACAACCAUUGGGUCUACUGGUUCGGACCUUUGGUGGGCGGCAUGGCCUCCGGCUUGGUCUACGAGUACAUAUUCAACUCGCGCAGGAGCCAGCGCCACGCCAAGGGCAGCAUCGACAACGACUCCAGCUCCAUUCACUCCGAGGACGAGCUGAACUACGACAUGGAUAUGGAGAAGCCCAGCAAGUACCAGCAGUCGCAGGGCACCUAUCCGCGGGGCCAGCCCAACGGCAACGGAGGAGGCGGUGCCUCGGCCGGACAGCACGCGGCGCCCAACAUGGGCCAGAUAGCGGGAGUGGUGGGCGCUGUGCAGGGCAACUACUGCCAGAACCUGUACACUGCUCCGCCGCUCUCCUCCAAGUACGAGCAGCAGCAGGAGCCGCUCUACGGCGGAACUCGCUCCCUGUACUGCCGCUCGCCCACACUGACGCGCAGCAACCUGAACCGCUCCCAAUCCGUCUACGCGAAGAGCAACACGGCCAUCAACCGCGACAUUGUGCCGCGUCCUGGUCCGCUGGUGCCGGCCCAGAGCCUCUACCCCAUGCGCACCCAGCAGCAGCAACAGCAGCAGCAGCAGCAGGCAGUCACCGCCGCCCAAUCCUCCCACCUGCAGAACCAGAACGUACAGAACCAGAUGCAGCAGCGCAGCGAGAGCAUCUAUGGAAUGCGGGGGUCCAUGCGCGGACAGCAACAGCCACUCCAACAGCAGCAGCAGCUCCAGCAGCAACAGGCUCCCGUGAAUGUGCAACAGCAGCAGCAACAGAUGCAGCCACCGCCGCAGCUGAUGGCCGAGCAGCAGAACCACCAGCAGCAGCAACAGCCGCAGGGCUUCCAACCCGUCUACGGCACUCGUACGAAUCCCACGCCCCUCGAUGGCAGCCACAAGUACGACAGGCGGGACCAACAGCCCCAACAGCAGCCCCAGCAGCAGCUGUACGCCAUGACGGGCCCGAGGAAUCGCGGCCAGUCGGCCCAAUCGGAUGACAGCUCCUAUGGCUCGUAUCACGGAUCGGCAGUCACUCCACCGGCGCGUCAUCCAAGCGUAGAACCGUCACCGCCUCCGCCGCCCAUGCUCAUGUAUGCGCCGCCUCCGCAGCCAAAUGUGUCCCAUCCACAGCCCAUCCGCACUCAGUCGGAGCGUAAGGUGAGCGCCCCCGUGGUGGUAUCCCAGCCAGCCACCUGCGCCGUCACCUACACAACAUCGCAGGGAUCCACGCCAACGCCCCAGCAACAGCAGCAGCAGCAGCAGCAAAUGAUGAUGCAACAGCAACAGCAACAGCAGCAGCAGCAACAUUAUGGAAUGCUACCGCUACGGCCCAACUGAAAGCGGCUCUCGUGGGGUCCUGUGACGACCCCGCCGCCAGCCGCAAUUCACGCCCUCGCGCUCCACCCCGCGGGCACCAUGACCCUGCACAGCUGCAGCCUAGCCAAGCAGAGCAGUUUGUUUUAGUUGUAGUCGUAGUCGAUAUCGAUAUCGAAGAGAAGGGGCAUGCAUCCAAAGGAAAUGUACGCGAAGUCUCAGCCCUUAGUCUAUCCUAAUCAUAGUUUAGCCAACUCCGACGUAUAGCCAGAAUAGAUUGUAGAAUAUAGUGUAUUAUUCCGAGCACCGGAGCACCGGAGCACCACAGCACCACAGCACCAGAGCACCAGAAGGAAAGGAACUCUCACCUAGCAGCAGCAGCAGCAGAAGAAGAAUAGCAGUAACAAUAGCCAUAAGAUACUUAAAUCCGAAAACUGUUGUAAUCGCGUUCCAAUCGGAAUCGGAAAAGGUUACACAUUCAUACUAGACUGAAAGACUUGCACCUUGAAGAAGUAUACUUAUUUAAUGUUUCUUUUUUUGUUGUUUGAACAACUAUUAUGUUCUGUUUAGAUCAUCCGAUUCUUCCAAUUACAACGAAUUCGUUUGAGUUUCAAUUUUCGUUUUCUUUUUUUUGUAGAAGCCAAAAUUAUGUUUAAUUUGAUUUUCAUUUGUAUAUAAACUAUGUUCGGUAUAUUCCUGUAAAUGGUAGGCCAUUAAGCUUAGAAGUAAGCUGAUCUGAUCUGUAAGCUGUAUCUGUAUUUAGUGAUAAUUAUAAUAGAAUAUGUAUGUGACCAGGCUUGGUAGUAUCCUCAGAAUUACAAUGCAAAUAUAAAGUGUAUAAAAGAAA